AUGUCCACGACCAUGGACGAUAUAUCAAAGCUACGGGAUACGUCUGACGAAGCUGUGCUCAGCUAUUUGCGAGAUCGCUUCCUCGAAGACCAGAUCUAUACGCGACUGGGAACGUCCUCGCUCGUCGCCUUGAACCCUCUUAAAUACCUCCCCGCUAAUUCUGAUAAAGUCCUGCACGACUACGCACUCGAGUACAGGCAGACUGAUAAUAGCACAAGACUACCACCUCACAUCUUCCAAAUCGCUGCAGACGCUUACUAUUACAUGCGCAGAAGCUCGAAAGAUAAUAAUAUCAUUUUAAACGGUGAAACGGGCUCUGGAAAGUCCGAACUUAGAAGACUGGCAACAAGGACUAUUAUUGAUUUGUCUCUCCCACCACCAGGCAAGAAAGGCCACAAGCUUGGCGAUCAGAUUCCCUCUGCCGAGUUUGUCCUCGAGGCUUUUGGCAAUGCAAAAACCCUGCACAACGCAAAUGCUUCGAGAUUCGGCAAAUAUACUGAACUUCAAUUCAACGACCGUGGCAGACUUUACGGUGCAAAAACUCUUGAGUAUUACUUUGAACGCUCAAGAGUUGUAAACCCUCCUCCAGGAGAGCGCAACUAUCACAUCUUCUACUAUCUUACUGCUGGAGCCAGUGAAGAGGAGCGCCAAUAUCUUAAACUUCAGGAUCUUGGUGCCUAUCGCUACACCUCAGGCGCAAUCAGAAGACGCAGCGGUCCUUUGAUAGGCGCUAGUAAUGGCGAGGACGCUGCAAGAUUCAGUCAACUCAAAAACGCUUUCAAGGCUGCUGGAUUUUCAAAGCGUCACGUCGCUCAAAUUUGCCAGCUCGUCACUGCAAUCUUGCACCUUGGUAACCUUGAAUUCACGAUCGACCACGCAAGGAAUCCAGAUGCUGCUGUAGUUAGAAAUACAGAGACACUCGACAUUGUUGCGGAGUUCCUCGGUGUACAUCCAGACGCACUUGAAAGUGUUCUUUCAUAUCGCACUAAACUUGUUAAGAAAGAUGUAUGUACCGUCUUUCUCGAUGUUGACGGUGCAGCUACCAAUCGUGAUGACCUUGCUCGCUCCCUCUAUUCUCUCCUCUUCAGCUGGAUCAUCGAACACAUCAAUCAACACCUCUGCAAAGAGGACUUUUCAACUUACAUUGCUUUUCUCGAUCUACCUGGUUUUCAAAACAAUCCAAGUACCGGUCAUCGCGGUAAUUCUGUCGACCAAUUUUGCGUAAAUUAUCUCAAUGAACGCUUACAAAACUGGAUUUUCCAGCAUGUUUUCACUCGUCCUUAUGAGGAGCACAAGCACGAGGGAUUGAGUAAGAUUAGUCCACCUGUGUCAUUCUCAGAAUACGACAAUUCGGAUGUUUUGCGUCUACUUGGUGCAAAGCAGGGUGGCUUAAUUCAUAUAAUGGACGACCAAGCUAAGCGUGCGCCAAAGAAGAAUGACAAUACGAUGGUUGAAGCAUUUAAUAAACGCUGGGGUAACAAUAAUAAAUUCAAGACGGCGCCACCAGAUCGGUCUGGUUAUCCUACAUUCUCCAUCAACCACUACGCUGGUACCGUCACCUACUCAGCCGAGAAUUGGAUUGAGAAGAACACCGACAAUCUUAAUCCUGAUUUCGUUUCGCUUUUCAAAGGUGGAGUCACCAAUGACAAGACAACAAACGGAUCGGAAAAUCCAUUCGUCAAGUCUCUUUUCACAUCCAAUGCAAUCAGUACGCAAUUCCAUCCAAAGUCAGAAGCUACUCUCGUUGCCGCUCAACAGUCAGUAGGUCCAAGGCGUAGACCAUCGACAAGACGGACUGGUCCUUCUUUGAGACGUGGAAAUAAUGAACCUGAAUUGCCAGACAUGCCAGAAGACCAAGUCGUCGAUCACCAAUCUUCAACUGAAACAAACACAUGUGUAGCAACAGAGUUUAGGAAUGCUGCUGAUGUUCUGUUUGAUACGCUUGAGGACUGUUAUCCAUGGUACGUCUUCUGCCUGUCACCCAACGAUACCCAGCUGCCUAAUCAGCUCGAGGCACGUCAUGUCAAGGCGCAAAUUCGUUCAUCGGGUAUACCAGCCGUGGCAAGACGGUCUGCUGUAGCCGAAUGGGCAAUCAAUAUGACGCAUGAUGAAUUCGUGGAGAGUUACGGUGAUGAACUCAACGAGAUGGAUAUUAUGCAGGGAGAUACUGUGCAUAAGAUCCUUAACAUGCGCGAAAAGAUGUCAUGGACAGAGCGCGAGCUAGCCGUUGGUACAUAUAAGGUAUUCAUAACUCACAACGUCUUCCGACAUCUCGAAGAUCACAUUCGCUCUUAUGACGAGCAGGAACAACGUCAAUUCAACAAGUAUCAGAAAUCAGAAGCGGAUUAUAUCGCAACUCCAGAUCCAUUCGGUCCAUACGCACCACUUGGAGAAGAGGGACCAACUACACCAGCUUCAGAGCUCAUGACAGAUCCUUUCGCCACUCGUGACCACGAUGGCUCUAGUGUCGCACUCCCACUCGUUUCCAACGUUCAGCGUGACGAAGAUCACGACGAUAUGUACAGCGACGACCACAAGUCUUUCGGGUACGAAGGUAGUGAUAUAUAUCCCCAAUCAAAGUAUGAAAAUGAAACUAACAGUCAAAUCGGCACUGAAAUGUACGCACCAUCUCAAAACAUGUUCUCAAACAUGAAUCUCAAGGACGCCGAUAAAGCUGCGAUGGACGAAAAGGAUAUGUAUGAUGAUAGUGAAACGCAAGAGGAAGUGAGAGAAUCUGGUGUUAGAAAAAGAUGGGUUGCUUUCUGUUGGUUAUUGACCUGGUACGUUCCUUCUCCGUUCCUCAAGUGGUUCGGUAGAAUGAAAAGACAAGAUGUCAGACAAGCAUGGAGGGAAAAGUUGGCUAUUAACAUCAUCAUCUGGUUUGUUUGUGCUUGCGCUAUCUUCGUUAUCGCUAUCCUUGGACCCGUGAUAUGUCCCACUCAGCGGGUUUACUCUCAGAAUGAAAUAUCUGCUCAUACACAUGAAUCUCAACCUGAUCACACAUUUGUCAGUAUUCGAGGCGAAGUUAUGGACCUCACUAAGAUGCACGAUGCACACCGCGGUGCUGUAUCAGUUAUCGACGACAGGCUCUUUUGGAAUUAUGGUGGUCAGGAUGUUUCUAAUCUUCUUCCUGUUCAAGUAUCGGCAUUGUGCAAUGGUGUUGAUGGAGCGGUUAAUCCGCUAGUCGGUCUUGACGCCUCAAACACUACAUCUACAGAACCUAAUGCCCACUACCACGACUUUAGAGCAUGGACUAAUGACUCAAGACCAGAUUGGUAUUACGAGCAGAUGGUCAUUAUGCGCUACAAUUACAGAGUCGGUCAUGUCGGUUUAACCGACAAGGAUAUUUCAAAGAUGGCGGACGAUAAUAACAAUGUAGCUGUGAUCAAUGGCAGCGUUUACGAUAUGACUCCGUACAUCUCAUUUGAUGGUGGUUUUGUUGGAUCUAGCGAAGACGAGGCAGCUCCAACUGACAUUGACACUCACUUUAUGCAUGAAGCGAUUGUUCAAAUAUUUGAACAAAAUUCAGGGGAAGAUGUUACUAAGUAUGUUCAAGACUUGGCUAUAGAUCCUACCGUCCUUGCUCGUCAAAUGAGCUGUUUACGGAAUCUCUUCUUUAUUGGUAAAGUGGAUAGAAGAAACUCAACGGCAUGUCAAUUCUCAAACUACAUCCUUCUCGCGCUAUCAAUUUUCAUGAUUGUCAUUAUUGGUUUCAAGUUCUUGGCUGCUAUCAACUUUGGUACACGACGGAAACCGGAGGAGCACGACAAGUUUCUCAUUUUCCAAGUACCUGCUUAUACUGAGGGUGAAGAGUCACUGCGACGGACGAUUGACUCGCUCGCCGCUACGCGUUACGAUGAUAAACGCAAGCUCAUUUUUGUUAUCUGUGAUGGUAACAUUAUUGGAGGUGGUAAUGACCGUACAACACCACGUAUUGCCCUCGAUAUCCUAGGCGCUGAUCCUAAUUACGAUCCAGAACCGCUCAGCUUUAAGUCGAUCGGUGAGGGUAACAAGCAGCACAAUAUGGGCAAAAUCUAUAGUGGUCUUUAUGAGCACCGUGGUCACGUCGUACCGUACAUUGUACUGGCUAAAGUCGGUAAACCAACAGAACGUAGCAGGCCUGGUAAUAGAGGUAAGCGUGACUCACAAUUGGCAUUGAUGUGGUUCCUGAACAAAGUUCAUUUCGACGCACCAAUGAACCCCCUUGAGUUGGAGAUAUACCACCAAAUCAAGAAUGUUAUUGGUGUUAACCCCAAUUUUUACGAGUAUAUGCUGGCCGUCGAUGCUGAUACUAUGGUCGAUCCUGACUGUCUUUCUAUGUUUAUAUCAUCGUUCAUGCGAGAUAAAAAGAUCUUGGCAUUAUGUGGAGAAACUUCUCUAGCUAAUUCUAAGCAAUCUAUCGUAACUAUGGCUCAGGUUUACGAGUACUAUAUCUCUCACUACCUCACCAAAGCAUUUGAGUCUCUGUUUGGCUCUAUCACAUGUUUACCAGGAUGUUUUUCGAUGUAUAGAUUGCGCACGAGUGAUACUCAUCGUCCACUUUUCGUCGCUUCUGAGGUAAUUGACGAGUAUAGUCAAAAUGUUGUUAAUACGCUUCACUUGAAGAAUCUUUUGCAUCUCGGUGAAGAUCGGUAUCUUACUACUAUUCUGCUCAAGCAUUUCCCACUCUUCAAGACCAAAUUUACAGCCGAUGCAAGAGCCCAGACUGUCGCACCGGAUGAUAUCAAGGUUUUGCUCUCUCAAAGACGUAGAUGGAUUAACUCCACUGUGCAUAACCUGGCCGAACUGUUAUUCUUGGAUAAGCUUUGUGGUUUCUGCUGCUUCUCGAUGAGGUUCAUAGUUUUCAUUGAUCUGCUAUCAACAAUUAUCGCUCCAGUCACCGUCGUUUAUAUUGUCUACUUGAUUUACUUGGCAGCAGCUGAAGGAAAGACCAUACCGACAACGUCUAUCAUUAUGCUUUGCGCUAUAUAUGGUUUCCAAGCGCUAAUCUUCCUUAUGCAUCGUAAAUGGGAACAGAUUGGCUGGAUGAUAGUUUAUAUUUGCGCUAUCCCGCUCUUCUCGUUCUUCUUGCCGCUAUAUUCAUUCUGGCACUUUGAUGAUUUCUCAUGGGGCUCGACGCACACGAUCACAGGAGAAAAGGGCAGAAAAAUGAUGAUACAUGAUGAAGGUCACUUUGAUCCAAAGGUGAUACCACUAAAGACAUGGGCUGAGUAUGAAGCUGAGCUGUGGGAGCAAGGAGAUGAAGUUUACGAAUUUGAGAAAGCAUCAAGGCCGCCAUCACCAGCUAACACAGCCAGUAUCUAUGGCCCUCGAUCUAUGUAUGGUGGAUUGGACCAGAGCGGUGUGCCGCGCUCAAUGUCCGCGAAUCAGAGCAUCUACCGCCAAUCAGCAUACCCAUCCCAAUACGCUUUCAACGGUUAUCCAAACACCACAUCAAUGUAUUCUUUGGCACCACCACAACACCAUCCAUAUCCGCAAUCUCAAAACUGGUCCAACUCAUUCUACGGAGGCUACGAUCCGAGAAUGUCGACGAACUUUUCCCAACAGCAAUUCAUGCCACCACAGCCGCAGUCGCACUCCGUCACACCCCUACCUGAAUACAAUCAACACAGCAACGGCAGUGGAGGGAGUCAAUCGAUAUCGUGGAAUGAAAUCGAGAUGGACGUCAGGGGCAUAAUUGGCAAGGCAGAUCUGGACAAUAUAACCAAGAAGUCAAUCAGACAGGAUCUUGCUGACAAGUAUGGAAACGACGCUAUCAACGAUCGUAGAACUGAGAUUAACGCCAUAAUCGACGAUAUUCUCACAUCUAUCUAG